AUGUCCUCCACCGUGAACAACGGGGCAGCCAGCGUGCCGUCCCCGCCCGAUGCUGCUAAUGGCUUCCCACAGCCCGGCGCCUCCUCGGGGGCCUGGCCGCGCGCCGAGGACGAGCUGCGCGCAUCAGAGCCAGGCCUGGCCAAGCGCGCGCACCGGGAGAUCCUGGACCACGAGCGCAAGCGGCGCGUGGAGCUCAAGUGCAUGGAGCUGCAGGAGAUGAUGGAGGAGCAGGGGUACUCGGAGGAGGAGAUCCGGCAGAAAGUUGGGACAUUCCGGCAGAUGCUGAUGGAGAAGGAGGGAGUGCUCACCAGGGAGGACCGGCCUGGGGGCCACAUGGUAGGAGACAAGCAGAGUCGGAGACAGCCCCAGGCUUCCCAGCUGCCUCCAGGAAAAAAAAAAAAAAAACACUCUGAGAAGGGCGGCCACCGGAGAAGCCGCAAAAAGAGGAGACUAGAGUCAGAGUGCAGCUGUGGGAGCGCCUCGCCCCUGCGCAAGAAGAAGAAGGGUGUGAAGAAGCACCGCCGAGACAGGUCUGAUUCUGGGUCCCGAAGGAAGAGACGGCACAGAUCUCGAAGCCCCAAGAGCAAAAGAAAAGAGAAGAACAAAGAGAGGAAGAGGCCCCACACAGAGUCCCCAGGCCGGAGGUCCCCUCGCCACAGCAGCGGCAGCUCCCACAGCCCCUCACUCUCCUCCCACUACAGUGAUUCGGGAUCACCCAGCAGGCUGAGCCCCAAGCACCGAGACGACGGGCGGAAGACAGGCAGCCAGCGGUCCAGCGAGAGCAGGUCGCCUUCCCUGUCGGGCGGCAGCGGAUGGGGGUCGCCCCAGGAGAACGGCGGCGGCAGGCAGCGGAGCGGAGCGCACGGGGGCCGCCCGGGCUCGGCGCACAGCCCGCCCGAUGUACGUACACUUGGCUUUGCGUAG